AUGAAAGGCAAAGCUCGCGCCACGCGUCGCACUCUCAACAAGGUGGACCCUGUGUCAGACAAGAAGCCUGUUGGCUUCGAAUCUGUUCAGACCGACUUAGGUGCUUCGACAAGUCGAACGCAGCGGAAGGGCAGUGGAAGGCCAUCAGCUCCCGUGCCCACUAAUGAGGCCGCCACCUCUGCAGUUGCUCGCACUGGUGUUGCAAGCCGGAGUUCGUCAGCCCCUGUACCCACUAAUGAGGUCGUUGCCUCGGUAGUGGUCCAGACUGACAUUUCUGAUGCAGACCAGACUGCCUCAACGAGCCGUUCACUUUUUGGGCUGCACUUGCCCAAGGACCUCGUUUUCACCAAAAAAGGAAAAUCACUCCCUCAACCGCGUUUUAGUAUAUCUUGGACGCCUGGACAGAACGUUCUGGAACAUUCAACAGAUCGUUGGUCAAUUUUUCGGGACGGUCUGGAGGAAAACUCAUUAAUUAGCGACACGCGGAUAAGCUCUAUUGAGGAGGCCCUCAAGAAGUCAUUCCCCGGUAAGUACAAGGAUGGUAUUAAUCUAAUCUAUGUUGAACUCAGCGCUGACUUCAAGCCCCUCAAUCAGGAUCCCUUCCCCAACCAUCAAUGGUCGGACUUGUAUCGGUUUCCCGGUAUUCACCCCCAAGCCAUCGCUGCGAAUCUACAUGCGACCAACACACAGUGGCCUCGGCUCAAUGACGAGAGCACGCCCUCACAUUUACUCAUUUAUCCUUUUGCCCCUUCAUGGGAUUUCACUCACUUCCCUGUCCUUUACGACCGAUCACGACCUUGGCGGUCGUACAGCCCGGUGGUCCGCACCGAUCCUUGGAAUGAGAACAUAUCGUGGUACGAAGAUUACAAGAUCUUGGAGCCCGAAUGGUUGAUACAGCGAGAGAAGAUUGCAAGUAGGCUCAAGCAAUGCGUUCUCAUGUUUAAGACUGUCAGCAAUAUUGCGGACUUCGUAUCGCUCUCACUGCCAAAGCCAGACGAGUGCAAGUUCGACGUUCUGAAGGACUGGGAUCGAUUACUUGAUCGGCGCCGUGAGCCUGAGAUGCAGCGUGCAAUCAAACUUCUUUUUAUGCGCGCGCUUGACUUACGGGCAUGGGCCCUCUGGGCCUUGUUUAAAGUAAUCGAUUUUCUUGCUUCUCUUCAUGAAUUGCCCCCUCCUCAUUUCCCUAUCACUGGGGAAAUAAUAGGAUGCACACUGUUUUCGUCGAGUCCAGGGGCGAAUCCUGAACUCGAAUUUGGAGAAUACCUCGAACCUUUGGUUCGUCAUGGCAUUCCAUUUUUCGUAAUCGAAGAAGCCCCUCUCCCCCCCCCAGCGCGCAGGCUUGGCGCUCUCAAAUCCCUUUGUGUAGCGUACGACCAUACCGUCCACCGUCCGUCGACCUCUUCCUACUUUCGGAUUCCCGCCAAUAAUGUUUUUCGCCCAAAUCCUUGGAUACGAGGUGUAAUGCGCUUGAGCGAACAUCCCCUAUUCGAGCUGAGUGCUCGAAUAUCUGAAUUAUUGGCCAAGCACCGCGAUAAUAACAAGGAAUUCCGUAUCGAUAUCUUCGGGGUCAUUCACUCCAUUUACCCCCAAACAUUCGACUCCUUUCAGUUACCUGAAUCGCCUCUUCAGUUACCUGAAUCACUACCAGAGGAAGAGGGUUCUCCCCCCCCUGGACCUGUCGUUCGGGAGCCCUGUCGAGAUCUCCUCGAGUUUGGUCAACGGUACCAAAAAGCCCCAGAUCCGCCAAUGUUUGAUGACACCGAGGAGGGUUUGGCGAAGUUCGAAGCUACGCAUGAACGCUAUGACCGGGAGGAAAGGGAAGCCCAGCACCAUCCCUAUGGCGCUCUCUUGAUCGCCCGAGCCUAUCUGGGCAUAGGCGAGGCGCAACGGGAGGUUGGGAAUAUCAUCGCUGGCAUGGCUGGCAAAAAUGUGAGAUCGACAACCUGGGGCAGUAAAAGACAGACACCGCUAGAGCGGUACUGUAUGCGAAAGUGGGCAAAUCCGGUGAAACUCGACAAAACUGAGUUCUCUCGCCGUCAACAAUUAUCCAGAGAGUAUCUGCAACUCAUAGGGGAAUUCACGGAGCCUCAAGCGAAUCCUAUACCCGUGACCGCCAAUGAGGAUACGGGUGUUGCAGGAUCACUCCAGGCAAAAACGCGGGGUCCUGUUAAGGAAUUCGUUGAACCUCCGACUCAUUCUGCAGCUGCAGCUGCCAGCGGGAUUAUGGGUCUCGCAGGACCAUUGCAGACAAGGAUGCACGAUCCUGUAUCUCAAACGCAUGGAGGUGAACAAUCGGCACCAUUGCAUAUGAGCGGAGCGUCAGGUUCAGGUUCCAUGGAACUUGACGAGGGGCGUCGCGAAGUGGGCAGUCGAACAACCCAACAUUCUGCUUCACGCGUGGAAACUCGAUCUUAUCGGUGUCCGAGUGGGCCUAUUGGACGAAGAUGGGACGCACAAAAGCAUCUCAGUGAUGCAUUGAAUCGCAGGCCUGCUCGUGGUCGUGUUCUUGCAAGGGAUCGUGAGACUUACCAUGAUCACCCUCGGCAUUGGCAGCCUCCCCAUGACAAGCGUGAAGAUCGUAGGGGGGACUAUCAUAGACGAUCGAUGAUGAGUCGUUCACGUAGCCCGGUGCGCCACCGCCGGAAUUCAUCCUCUCCCCCUUCACUUCGUCGCCAUCGAUCACCUUUCAGCUUUCCAUUUUCACGUCGUCGCCAUCACUCACAUUCUAGCUCUCGCUCCUGCCGCCGCUCACACUCCCCUCAUUCUCGCUCUCAUUCUCGCUCACGCUCCCCUGACCGUUCUCGUUCUCGUUCUCGCCCUCGUUCUUAUUCCGUUUCCCGCUGUCUUCAAUCCUCUCAUCGUCGCAGUCGAUCCGCCUCAUGCCCUCCGAGUCCCCUCGGUCCAUCUCGUCGGGUUGCAUCACCCAUUGAGAUGCAAGUAGAUGUCCCUUCGUCAAAUCCUAGGCCUCUACCACAGCCGGGAUGCCACCUCUCUCAGCAAGUGCCCGUCUUGCGCAUGAUCCAACCUCAUUCUAUCCCAUUUACAUCCUGGCAUUGUCUGACAACACCGCUCGAAGACAAACAUUUCCAAGCUUUCGGCAAGGCCGAUUUGGACGUAUGGGCAGCCCCUCUCUUUGAGGUUCGUGGUGUGUAUGCAGUUGCUCAAGCCAAGGCAAGCAAAUCGGCUUUGAAGUAUGGGAAAACACGCAUUGCGAUCCUUGCAAAGCACCGUGAUGUUCUCGACCGAGUCGCUCAGCUCAUCUCGGAGAACAACGCACACUAUCAUGCCCUGCUUGCUUUCGCAAUCUUCAGUCCUUUGGAUCCAUUCUCCGGGAAAGAAGCGGCAUCAUAUUCCUGGGUAUCCAAGGUUGACCUUCACUUCGUGGGUUGUGUUUGGGAGAGUGUCCCAUUUGAGGAGCUUCGCUCAAGACUUCUCACAGAUGCGCCGCUGGUCCUGACAAAUGACAACGUUGGCGAAGAACUCCUUUAUCAUGGAUUUGAUCCGCUCGUGUCAACUGAGGCUCAAGCCGCCCCGAGGAAUGUAAAGCUGCAUUCCUUUGAUUUCAGCCCACAUGUCCUCGAUGCUUGGUAUGACACGAUGCCAUUGCAAUUCAAGAGUUAUGGGGUGACUCGUUUUAUGUUCGUCGCACGUGCAUAUGAUUCGGCUCUGUUCAAGGGAAGGAAAGCAUUCAUGGCGGAAAUCUGGCAGACCGAGUCAGUUAUUGACGCUGCUCUUCGGAAUCUCUUGGAGUAUCUCUGCGAGAACUCCCAAGACGUCAUUUGCAGAGAGUCGAAGGAGAAGACAGAAUCAUUUCAGUAUCUCAGAGGGCAACGAAAAUGGCGACUCACCGUCGACACUGCCAUCAAGGAUUAUUGUCCUUACUUCAAGGUGAAGUAA